AUGGCUGAAAUCAUCGGGGAAGUUGUUGGGCGAGUAUGUUUGGAAGCAAUCGGUGCGGUUAUUACACAAGCAGUCGGGCAACUCAUAAGUGAGAAACGUAGAAAGAAGAAAGCUAUCUCAUCUGCUAUCAAACUCAAUCAACAAUUACCGGCUGAUCGUAGCCGUGCUGUACUCAUCUCAUCGAGUAACAUGAAUUUUGGUAACGAUUGUGAACGUCUCGUCAAUAUUGCGUUUCAAACAAGUCAAAGUUUUCCAACGAUUAUACGGACAUAUAGUGAUUGUCAGCAGUAUCUACGCACUGAGUUAGCUAAACAAUACCCGAAUGAAACUUUCUGUGUAAUUAUUGGUAAAAAUCAGCAUUUAGGCAUUGCUGUUGAAGAUGGUCAAUAUUUCGCUGAAAUUCAGCACGCUCGAUAUUCUAUAUUGAUCUUCACAACCAAACAAAACUCUCAAUCAAAAUUCGAUACUCACGACGCAAACAGUCAAGUACCAUUUAAAUGGGAUUGA